CGAUAAGCACCCUGGCUAUAAAGAACUGCAAGAUUAAAAUAUUCUUCCUCGUGUUUCUCAUAGGCGAAGCAACUAAAAACGGCCGAUAGCAACUCGCACGAUGACGCAAAACGAGCAUCUCGAGCACAGCAUUGCAGAUGUCCGCAACACAAUACACGAGUCCAUUGAUGCCCUUGAGAGUGAAUUGCGCGCUUUCAACAAAAGCAUCCAUAGCCAUCCUGAAACGGCAUACCAAGAAGUCUUCGCUCAUGACACACUCUGCGCUUUUCUGGAAAAACAAGGAUUCACUGUAAUCCGCCACGCAUACGGUCUCGACACCUCUUUUGAAGCGGAAAUUGGUUCAGGUGACAAGCUCGUCAUAUUCUGUUGCGAGUACGAUGCACUCCCCGGGAUAGGGCAUGCCUGCGGCCACAAUCUCAUCGCCACUUCUUCCCUUGCAGCUUUCAUUGGCACAGCCAGAGCUGUCCACAAAUUUGGCGUCCCUGGCAAAGUCCGUAUCCUGGGGACGCCUGCAGAAGAAGGCGGUGGAGGAAAGAUCCAGCUUCUGAAGGCCGGUGCAUUCGAAGGCGACGUUGUAGCUGCGAUCAUGGCGCAUCCGACGGGAGGAGAGCUGCAUCCGUCAGGAUACAGUGGACUCGGGGGGUUCAAGCUCAUCGCGAGUCACAAGUUCCGAGUGGAGUUCUCUGGGAAGACGGCGCAUGCCGGAGCAGAGCCGUGGAAAGGUCACAACGCUCUAGAUGCCGCGGUUUCCGGUUACAACAACGUUUCGAUGCUUCGGCAGCAGAUCCAACCGGACGAGCGAAUCCACGGAGUGAUUGAAGACGGCGGAAAGGUUCCGAACGUCAUCCCGGACUAUACGAGGAUGAACUGGUAUGUACGCAGUCCGACGACGAAGCGUGCGAAUGAUCUCCUCCAGCGGGUCAAGGCAUGUUUGCAGGCCGCAGCAACCGCUACUGGUUGCACGUUAAACUACAUUGAUGGUCCUUUUUAUAAAAAUCUUCGAGUCAACAGAACGCUGUCCCAGUACUACGCCGAUGACAUGGCUGAGCUGGGCGAGAAUGUUUUGGCAAUGCAUGACGAACCGGGCACAGCUUCCACCGAUAUGGGUAACGUCUCCUGGGCUGUUCCCAGUUUCCAUGGGGGUUUUGGCAUCUCGGCGCCCCCGGGCGUCUCGGCUCAUCAUCCAGCUUUUGCCGAAGCAGCCUCGAAAGAUAGCGCCCAUGAAGCUGCUAUCAAGGCUGCCAAGGGAAUGGCUCUACUUGGCUGGAGAGCGUUGACAGACACGAAGGUGUCUGAGGGAGCUAAGAAAAACUUCGAAGAUGAAGAGUGAACAACAAUAUCCUCAAGCCGUUGAUGGACAAGAAAUUACCAGGACAAUUAUCUCUGAGUUGCGAAGCCAAAAUCGGACGCACUUUCUAGUGCAUUCAUUGCUUUGUUACCUUCUCCUCAAAAGUCGACUUGAUAAUACAUUCGCAUUCCGUUUUUCUACGCCAUUGCCAAAUGCAAUUGUUUGGCUACGAUUUCUUA